GUUAGUGGAAUUUAGAUUUACAUAUUUUGCAGAAAUAACACAAUUUAUAAAUUUAAUUCUUUACAGUUGCGAAUUGAUUCUACAAUUGCGCUAAAAUGAUGUCAAGCAACGUAAAUCCUUUAGCUGGAACGGCGCAUUUACUUGACGAGUUGGACAAAAAACUGAUGGUGCUGCUUCGGGAUGGGAGAACCCUAAUUGGGUAUCUUCGCUGCGUUGACCAGUUCGCCAAUUUAGUCCUACAUAAAACCAUAGAAAGAAUUCAUGUGGGGAAAGAGUAUGGAGACAUACCGAGAGGAAUCUUUAUCGUAAGAGGCGAAAAUGUCGUUUUGUUAGGCGAAAUUGACAAAGACAAAGAAGAGAGUCUACCUCUUACAGAAGUAUCAGUGGAUGAUAUACUGGAUGCUCAAAGGAGAGAACAGGAUGCUAAAAUUGAACAGCAGAAGUUACUCUCAAAAGCUUUGAAAGAGAGAGGGUUGAAUCUUCUUGCAGAUUUGGGACAUGAUGACAUGUUUUAGAUCUCAAUCAAUUCCUUCCUGUGAUUGUAUAAUUUUUCUGUAUUUAAGACUGUAAUUAUAAUUAAAAUAAUUAUAAAGAUACUCAUUGA